AAGUCAGGGUCCUGCUUGCCUGGCCGUCAGUUACCGCGUGCACCUCAGCGGCGACGGUGGGCGUUCGGCAAAGACACACUCACACGUGCGCCCAUGGAUUCGCCGGCACUCGCCUGUUAGGAUUUCCAUCCUAGCUUCUCCAAAAUCUCGCUCUUCCCAGGUCGAAGGAUGCAUCCAUCUAUAAGAAAAAACACGAUGCCAUCUCUAAGGGUGCCCCUGGCUCAGGUGCUCUUGGCAAUCUUCCUUGUUCCUUCUGUGCACUCAUUUUCUCCGAGAUUCAGCUUCAGCUCCGACAUUUCAGGCAGAAAACUGUUUGGCGGCUACCGGAUCGUGCCCUCACCGUGCAAAUCUGAGACGGACGGCAAACAUGGCGUGUGCAUGUUCAACUACGAAUGCGCGCAGCGCAAGGGCGACGUGAUCGGCGCGUGCAUGGACGGCUUUCUGUUCGGGGCGUGCUGCCAGCUGCCGCCGGGCACCACCUUCCCGGUUGAGACGAGCAGUCUGCCGGUGAAGCCGGCCUUCGAGAACCCGUCCACCGUGCAGACGGACGUGUACAGCCUGGUGACGGGCAGCACGACGACGCCGCGCACGGCCACCAGGCCCUCCGCCGCAGCCCCCGCCGCCUCCACCACCACGGUGCGCAUUCCGCCACCCUCGUUCACCGCCGUCCGACCCACCCCGCCCACCUUCAGGCCGGCGGACAAGCCGAGCACCGCGCGGCCCCAGGCCACCGUCAUCCCCGACGAGGACGUGCAAAACUCGGCCUCCAUUAGUCACAUUCUGCACCUGCUCAACGACUCGUCCAUGGCCGAGUCCAUCCCGGAGGCUGGACUCGUGCUCAUCUCCUCGUCCUCCACGCAGACGUCCGCGCCCACCCAAAGUCCGCAGCCCUCCCUCUCCACUUGGGUGUCUGUAAACAAGAGUCCAAACAACCCGAACACCACUCCCCAUCCGGACCACCCGAGUUUCAUCGUGACCUCGAACGACAUCCGUCCAGUAACCGCCAGGCCCACCCCUUCAGCCCCUGCUCCAACGGUCAUUGUGCUAGGACCGUUUGAACCGCCCUCAAACGGCCAGUACGAAGUGCUGUCUCGUCCUGAAAUCCUUCCUGUCAUUGCCGAAGAACCGUCGACCACAUCUGCGGCUCCGUUCGUCACGCCGAUCUUCGAGGACGGCGAGUUGUCUGUCAAGGUGCACCAGUUCGUCGACAAGAUCGUCAACUCGCUGGCCGGCGACUUCCAGAAUUUGGAGGACGUCGUGUUGAGCAACAAGAACAUCACGCUCUUCGCGUCCACCACGCCGUCACCCACCACAACCACAAAAAAACCAAAAACGUCGACAGCCAAGCCAACGAAAAAACCAGCCUCGAACAAACCUCAGGUGGAAGCGGUUGAGGCUGCAACUCAAAAGCCGACCAGACCAUCCACCAACAAGCCGAAACCAUCUACCAGCAAGCCGAAACCAUCGGCAGUGGCAAACGCCGCAACCACACCCACCACCACAACGACAAGCCAACCAAUUUCAACGGAUUUUCGAAGAGAAUGCGGCGUUCGGCCGCUGAUGAAGAGCGUCAAGAACGGACGCAUUGUCGGAGGCAAAGUGGCCACCUUCGGCGCCUGGCCGUGGCAGGUUUUGAUCAGGGAAUCCACCUGGCUGGGCCUCUUUACAAAGAACAAGUGCGGAGGCGUGCUCAUCACCAGUAAAUACGUAAUCACUGCUGCUCACUGCCAGCCAGGAUUCCUGGCUUCACUUGUAGCAGUUUUUGGUGAGUACGAUCUGAGCAGUGAACUCGAGUCGCGCAGGGCCAUCGUGAAGAACGUGAAGCGCGUCAUCAUCCACCGAUCCUACGAGCCGGCCACCUUUGAGAACGACAUCGCUCUGCUCGAGCUCGAGUCGUCUGUCACGUUUGACGAGCACAUCGUCCCCAUCUGUCUGCCCGACGACAACGAGGAGUUUGUCGGCAGAAUGGCCACGGUCAGCGGCUGGGGCAGACUCAAAUACGGUGGCGGAGUGCCCAGCGUUCUGCAAGAGGUGCAGGUGCCCAUCAUCGAAAACAACGUCUGCCAAGAAAUGUUCCAAUCGGCCAACCACGUCAAAUCGAUCAUUCCGUCUUUCCUAUGCGCUGGAUAUGCCACCGGACAGAAAGACUCGUGCGAGGGCGACAGCGGUGGACCUUUGAUGGUAGAGCGGGACGGGCGUUGGAUUUUGGCCGGGACAGUGUCGCACGGGAUCAAGUGCGCGGCGCCAUACCUGCCCGGCGUGUACAUGAGGACGACGUUCUACAAACCCUGGCUCAAGACCAUCACUGGCGCCAGAUAAGCGUCCAAUGCGAGUGCCAGUGCCACCCCAACCCCUCCGAGCAACAGACUCCCGCCGCGAGAUGUGAUAGUUUGCAGAAAGAAAUAAAAAGUGAUUUUGUCCACGAACCACCAGACUCUCGGACACCACGAGUGAGAAAAAGCGGUGCUUAUACUUCGACGCGUUUUCGUUUUUUUAACUGAGUAGCUGCUAGACUUAUUUAUUUAGUGAAAAGGCAUCUUAUUUAUUGCAACUAGACUAUUUAUAUUUUUUGAUAGAUGUAACUACAAUAAACACCGUUUAAGUCGUAA